AUGGCUUAAGAAUCUAUUAGAUUAAUAGCAAAAUAACUGAAUAAAAACAAAUUUCUUGUAAAAUGUUUCUAAUUGAAACUAGAUUGCAAAACCUACAACUGAUGUAUUUUAAUGUGUCUAAGCAUUUAUUUUAUUGGUCAAAGGAGUUAAAACUAAAGAUUGGUUAUUAGCUUAAUUAUUAAUGAGCUGCAGUUUAAAUCAAAUGGUGGAAACAAUUAUAGAAAGAAAGAUUGAAUAUACUAAUUUAAUACAAUGCAAGAAGCUAUUUCAUUUAAUACCCUAAUAAUAAAAUUCUUUAGGGAAAUUAUUAUAUUAAUUAGUAAGUUAAAGUAUAAAUUAUUUGGAAGAAGAUAGAAGUAAGUUUCAAAGAAGUAAGAGUACUUAAUUGAGAAAUGAGUAAAGUUAAUACAGUAAUUGUUUUAAUAAAAUUGUUAAUUAUAAUAAAAAAGGUUCACUUAUUAAAUGUAAAGAAGAUUUAAAUAAAAUUAUACAAAAUAGAAAAAUACUACAUGAUUAAAAAAUAAAAGAGGAUGAUCAAAAGAAAUUUGNUCACUAAUCUAUCAUUCUCCAAAGCAAGUAAAAAGCACACCACUUCUGGAUUCUUACCGAGCCAUUUUCUUUCAUUAGAAACGGGUGCUGA